CGAUUGAUAAAAGAGAAAUAACAAUAAUGAAAAUUUUCAAACACACUCAACAGUAUGAGUGGGCUUUUUGUAUUUGUGUUAAUUUUAAAUAAGUAUAAAUUGAAUGUAUAAGACGAAAAAUUGUGAAAUGAUAUGCAAAUUCCAUUGAUCUGUGACACUUGUUUUGAGCGAAGUCGCAUACAGACCUUCCGAACACAGUUGCCAUCAACUAUACCAAUGUGAACGUAACUAAAAGGUCUACAAAAUCUGUUAAGAAUUACAGUCCACAAAUGAGAUAUCGCAUCUGAAUGCUCCGUUUGGGCGAGUGUGUUACGUAAAGCUUUCAUCUAGGUUUGGUGUUAGUAAGGAAACGGGCUAAUAAUGGCCAAAUUGGUCGGUGUGUAUGACGAGGAAGAUGAGAUCCAAUUGGGAAGGAGACAACUGCCCCUGUCAGUUUACGACAACAAGAUCAUGACGAUGCAACUUGGAGAGAGUUGCGAUGGAUGUGAUAUAACUGGAGGGACCACAAAACGUCGUUGUGAUGAAUCUUUUUCAAGACAAUAUAAUAAGUUAAGUAAGGAUGAAGUGGAAGCAGCUUUGAUGGUGCCUUCCAAGACCCUGUUUAUGCGGUUGGCUCAGACUGUUGCAUGUGUUGGUUGUCGUAGAAGUGUUGAAAGGCUUUUUAAUCAACUGAAAGAUUCUGGUCACCCAGCAUUAGAGCCAUUGGUUAUUACAAAUAGUGGAGUUCUCACGGUACUUCGCAAAUAUGCUUUGCAAGCAAGGUCAUUAGGAGCGCUAUUUAGUGAUCAUGGGCUAGCUUUAAGUGUGGUGCUAGAUAAUAUUCCAAAGCUUAAGAAAUCUGGGAGAUGUGUACUCCAUUCUAUGGAAGGCAUUAGAUGUCGCCCUGGGGGCCGCUCUUGGAGAGAUGUUUGGGAAGUCAUGGACUCAUCCUGUAGAGAAACAGUCACUCUUAUCAGUUCAGAUCACUUAUUGAGUACCCUUGAUAACUACCUUCGUAAACAUCGGUUUUGUCAAGAAUGUAAGAACAAGGUCCAUAGAGCAUUUGAUAUCCUAGUUGGGCACACAACAAUAGAUCCUGCAAAAGAAAAAGGAUAUGUAGCAUCUCUUUAUUCAGGAAUUCGACGCUGUGAAGCUAAGAGACACAUUCAUGUACCUGCAGAUUCGGAUUAUGUGUCUCACAUUAUCACUAGAGCUGAACCCGAGUUGCAGGGAAGACGUGAAAGACAUGCCAAGACCCUAGAAAUUGCUCAAGAGGAAGUCUUGACGUGUUUAGGAUUGUUUUUAUAUGAAAGGUUGCAGCGCAUACACACACGGAUGCGUGAGGAGGAGCAGACAUGGGACAUUCUCUUUCAUGUUGCCUUAGAUACGCUUAAGAAAAACUUUGAGUUGGCUGUAGAAGAAAAGCAGGGAUAUUCAAAGUUUGAGUUGUUAUGUGAGGAACUCCAGCGCCAAGAAUUAAAAGAAAAGGCCAAAAAGGAGAAAAAGAAGAAGAAAAAGAAGAAUAAGAAAAACGAUGAGGGAAAAGAAAACAAUUGUUUAUGUGAUGAUGAAGAAGGGUGUCGUGAGUGCGAAUUCAACAUGUCAUCACAGUCUUCUUGCUCAAAUCAACGAUCAAGUCUAAUCAAUACAACUAAUAAGCAGGUUAGGAAUGAUAUGUUCUGUAGAGGAAGCUCUCACUUGGGUCCACCGUUAGGAAAUUCUCACACACCUUUAGAACAGCCAGAAGAAAUAACCAGGUGUAGCAGUCAUUGUGGUAGUAUGGAAGCAAGUGAUAUAGGAAGUGAGAGAGGGAGCAGUGAAGAAAAGGAAAGCUGUUGUCGUGGUCCAUAUAGAGACAGUGAACAUCACCACCAUCAUCGUUGUAGUCGUAAUUCUCCACACCCGUUAGAAUGUACUGCAUCUACAGAUUCUUUAGUAUCAAGGUGUUCACAGGGUUCUCGUGAUGGUGGCUAUUGCUCUGCACAUGGGUCUGGUGGCUCCUCCCGUGACUCUUCGGAGGUAGCAUGUGGAGAAGGACUGUGCUCACAUUAUCAUGAUGACCAUGUAGAUGAUUCCAUUCAAAAUGAACAUCAUAAUCACAUGGAGGACGAAACCAUUGAUCACUUACAUCCACCACUAUCCCCAUCACCAUCGCGGCCUUACCAGCCUUUUACUCUUUCAUUGCAGCAGAUGUUAGAGGAUUCCAGGUGUGAAGAUGAAGAAAUUCCAGAAGCAGAAGUGAGAGCAUGGAGAGCCCGUUUAGGAAUAGUCAAACAAAAACGUGCUGAAUUAAGGCAGACACUGCGACAACGCUUUCAACAAUUCUGUCAUCGUGGUUGUGGAGAUGCGUCUAUGACGUCGGUCAAUGGAUCAGCACACCUUUGUCACCAUCAUGCUCAUUCCCCUCAUGGUGCUUUGCCUGCCCAUCAUAUCAGUGUGAUGAAACCUUGUUAAUCAAGGGAGUUGGUAUACCAAAAAGACAGUAAAAUUUAGCAAAUUUAAAGUGGUUGUUACUUAGAUAUUGGGAAAAUGUUUAUCACCCUUACAUAUAAAGACAUUUGUUGACCAGGAAUGAGUUUAAUAACCACUAAUUCUAAGUUAGCUUAUUUUAUUUUUGUCAAAUAUAUAAAAAUUGUUGAAAGGAACACACCAUUAUUGGGAGAGCUAUUUUCAUGGUUAUGUAAUCUUGAAAAUCUUAAGAUUAUUUUAUAUGCAGUAAAGUACUAUAACUAAUUGUCCGAAGGUCUUAAGCUUUGUAAUGGGAAAGUAAUAACCUUUUUUCCAUAAUUAUAUGCAUUGAAACAAUGUCAGUUUCAUUUUCUUGUUUUCAUAAAGAAAAUGUAGUCAUGGUAAUUUAUUUUUUGCACAUUCAGGCUUGUAUUAUACGUAAGAUGUGAAUAUGAACGUUAUUAUUGCUUUUCCUACCCUGUAAUAAUAAUGAUAACAGUAUCAGCUUCAAGGAAAAGUCUAUAUUUUCUGUAAGCCUAAGGUAAAGAUUUUUUUAUUUAUUGGACCAAGAAUGAGGUGUACAGUUAUACUGUGGGUCAGUUUGCACUUCUGAUUUGUGAAAUUUUAUAUUGUGAAUAUUUAGACAUUCCUCCUUUAUACCAACUAUAGUUUACUGUUGUGAAUAUGAAUGAAUAUAAUUUUGUGGGACUAUUAUUAAAAAGUUUUAUAUUCGAUUUUUCAGGCUGCCCUCUCCAGUCAGAAUGAAUAAAUUGAGAAGGAAGUCCUUUUUUUUUUGUUGGACAGUAUUUUGCUGUUUGGUUAGAGCAUCAAGACAGUAUCCCAAUAUUUUCUCAUAUCUGAAUUAGUUGUAACAAAUAAAUGUGUAAUUGUUACAGGUAGGGCUUCAGGUUCCAAAGGGUUGUGGAGCUACCACCAAGAGAACUGAUGUAGCCACUGUUUAUUUUUGUAUUGUUCCUAAAUUAUCAUCUACUUUGUCUUUCAAAUUUUGUCUGUUGCUAUUAACCAUACAGUUAGAAUACUUGGGGUAUCUAAAGUGCUUAUAAAUGUACCAUUGGUUAAA